GAGUGUAAGGAAUGUGGUCACCUAUUACUAGCCCUGACAAUAAUAAUCUCUCAUCCUACUAUACCAUACUACAAGAAGCCAUAUUCAUGUCUGGAAUGCGGGAAGCGCUUUGAACGGGAAUCAUCUCUUGUCCUCCACCAGAAAGGCCACAUCAAUGACCUCAAGCCGUAUUCUUGUACGGAAUGCGGGAAAGGAUUUGCCCACAAGUCCUAUCUGGAUACCCAUCUGAGAGUCCAUACUGGAGUGAGACCCCAUUCAUGUUCAGAAUGUGGGAAGAGUUUUGUGUACAAGUCGGAGCUCAACAAGCAUCAAAGAACUCACACGGGUGAGAAGCCGUACACGUGCUCCGUGUGUGGGAAGUCCUACGGGUGGAAAUCAGUGCUCAUCAAGCACAUGCGGAUCCACACGGGGGAGAAGCCGUAUUCGUGUUCAGAGUGUGGGAAGAGCUUCACGCAGAAAGUCAUCCUUGUGGAGCAUCAAAGGACUCACACAGGAGAGAAGCCGUUUUCGUGUGCAGAGUGUGGGAAAAGCUUCACAUGGAGGAAAGCCUUUGUCAGUCACCAGAAGAUGCAUAUACAAGAGAAGCCUGAACUUUCUCAGCAUGGAAGUCCAGUGGCAUAG